AUAUAUGUCAUGAAAAUAGCUUAGGCUACGCUAAGAGUUGCACACCACACUAAAACAUUACACACUUAUAUUGCGAUUGCUUGAUGCAUAUACCUGAUCUCAAAGAGCAGCCUGUUGUUAAGCAGCAGCCCUGUCUUGAUGCUUUUGAAUUCUACAGUAUUGCUUCCAUGACCUCCAGUAUUAACCAGUGAGAAGUUGAGAUCCUAACAGCUACAUCUUAUAAAUUCCUGGAUGAGGUCAUUGUUGAUAUUAACAUAGAGGUUUGGAUCAUAUCCUGCUGGGUUUUUUUCUUCUGAGCUCCACUUGCUUUUUAAGGAGCGUCAACGGCACGUCUGGUACCUCGGCUAAAAACUUACUGUUGGGCGCAUCACUGUGGAGAGAGGAGGGUGCAUAUUUUACGCUUGGAGAUAGGGCCGAGGAGCUACUCUACUUCCACCAUGACUGAACGCUUUGACUGUUACUAUUGCCGUGACAACCUGCAUGGGAAGAAGUAUGUGAUGAAGGAUGAGAAGCACGUGUGUACAAAGUGCUUCGACAAACUCUGUGCCAACACAUGCGCCGAAUGCCGUCGCCCCAUUGGGGCUGAUGCCAAGGAGCUGAACCAUAAGAACCGUCACUGGCACGAGGACUGCUUCCGCUGUGCCAAGUGCUACAAGCCCCUGGCUAACGAGCCCUUCGGCGCCAGGGACGACGGAAAGAUCAUGUGUGGCAAGUGUGGCUCCCGCGAGGAUGGCAACCGGUGCCAGGCCUGCUACAAGGUGGUCAUGCCAGGCACGCAGAAUGUGGAGUAUAAGAACAAGGUGUGGCAUGAGGAGUGCUUCACCUGCUUCGAGUGCAAGCAACCAAUCCGCUCGCAGAGCUUCCUGAACAAGGGCGACGACAUAUUCUGCGGCCCGUGCCACGAGAAGAAAUUUGCCAAGAAAUGCUUCCACUGCAAGCAGCCCAUCACCACAGGUGGUAUAAGCUACCAGGACCAGCCCUGGCACUCCGAGUGCUUUGUGUGUCAUACAUGCCGUAAGGGCCUGGCCGGAACCCGCUUCACCUCCCAUGAGGAGCAUGUCUACUGUGUGGACUGCUACAAGACCUCCGUGGCCAAGCAGUGCAACGGCUGCAAGAAUCCCAUCACAGGGUUUGGCCAUGGGACCAAUGUGGUGAACUACGAGGGUCACUCCUGGCACGAGAACUGCUUCAAUUGCAAGAAAUGCUCCCUCUCCCUGGCCAACAAGCGCUUUGUCAUCAACGGAGAGGACAUCUACUGCCCUGACUGUGCUAAGAAGCUGUGAGCAUAGCCAGCAACGGGGCCAAAUAAGUGCCCUGUCUCAUUCAUGUUGGGGGCAGAACAUAAACGGGAUAAGCCAACUAACUCAAAUUAAGUGGCCAAUCAAGAGUUUAAAAGAGAAAGCAUGUAUUAGGUUAAUCACCUGAAUGAAAUCUAACAGCAGUUGAAUAUGAAUCUUGUUCCACUGUUUUCUGUCAUUGUUUAAUACUAACACACCAAGUGGUUUGUUUUUUUGGCCUACAAUAUGUAAUACUAACACGCUUGGGUCAAAUUCAGAACUCUGCAUAAUCAUUAGGGAAUGCCCUUUUCAGCGCCUUACUGUUACAUGCUUCCUGUUGCUUCUUGAAUCAUAUACUAGCUAAGUAAUCAGUCAUGGUGUCUCUGAAGUGAUGCGUUUGAAGAGCUGUUGAGGGUUUUGUGUAUAGUGCUUCAAUAAUCAGUAUGGACAAACUAGGUCUUCGUAGGUAUCAAAGUGUUAUGCUCAGAAAGUCUAAUCAUGUACUCAGCUUUUUGAAGUGAAGUUUAAGAUGUGAAUGCACAUUAUUGAUCAAUAAAGGUAAGCUCCAAAA